CUUUUUGUUUUCUAAUCUCUCUCCUCCUCACGAGCCUUUUCUUUUCUCCUCUUCUCCAAUCUCUUUUUUAUCUUUGACCUUCUAAUUCUUCUUCAUUCUUCUCCUUCUUCUCCUUGUCUUCGUUCUUCUUCUCCACCUAUUUGUUUCGUGGCCAUGGACAAAGAAGUUAUUACAAAGAUUGAAAGUGAUGACACUUCAUCAGUGGAGAUCAAAGUGUUGUUAUUCGCCAGAGCUCGAGAGCUAGCAGGCGUGCCUGAUCUAACAUUGAAGAUGCCAUCAGGUAGUACAACACAGAAAUGUAUGGAUGAGUUGGUGCUUAAGUUUCCAAGCUUGGAAGAGGUACGUAGCUGUGUCGUUCUUGCUUUGAAUGAGGAAUAUACAACCGACUCCGCCAUUGUUCAACAUAGAGAUGAGUUAGCCAUCAUACCUCCAAUAAGCGGCGGCUAAUGCAUUGGCACUGCUUAAAUCCAACUCGGGUUUGUAUUUUCAUUGGCGAUAAUCCAAAAUGUAACAGUUUAAGGUACUUUUGUCACAAACAACACAGAUAUAUUUGUCUUUUAUAAGGGAAAAAAGGUUACAUCAGUUC